AAACAGGCGACCCGCGUGUCAGAGAUGCAGCAUAGCAUGGACGCGGGCGAGGUGCGGCACUGGAACGCGGACGUGAACGGCGUCUCCAUCCACGUCGCCGAGCGGGGCCCCGAGGAUGGGCCGGCGGUGCUCCUCCUCCACGGCUUCCCGGAGCUCUGGCUCUCGUGGCGCCACCAGAUGGCCGCGCUCGCCGCCCGCGGGUUCCGUGCGCUAGCCCCCGACCUCCGCGGCUACGGCGACUCCUCCGCGCCGUCCGACCCCGCCGCCUACUCCAUCUUCCACAUCGUCGGCGACGUCGUCGCGCUCCUCGACCACCUCCAACUCACAAAGGUGUUCGUGGCGGGGCACGACUGGGGCGCGCAUGCGGCGUGGCUCCUCUGCCUGUUCCGGCCGGACCGGGUGCGCGCCGCCGUCGUUCUGGGGGUACCGUACUCCGCUCGACACGCACACGCUCGCCCCAUCACGGAGGCCUUCGCGGCGUUUGGCGAGGGCUUUUACAUAAAUCAGUUCCAGGAGGCUGGAAGAGCUGAGAGCGCAUUCGCCCGUUACGAUGUCGCAACUGUCCUAAAAAAGUUCUACUCCAUCGAAAUAGAUGAUGUCACCGCUCCUCCUGGGGUGGAGAUCAUAGACUUCCUGGAGGCGUCUCCCUCGCCACUUCCUUGGAUCAGCGAGGAAGAACUGGGCCAGUAUGCUGAGAAGUUUCACAAGUCCGGGUUCACUGGACCCCUCAACUACUACCGCAUGUCGGAGACGAACUCGAGACUCCUUGCACCCUGGAACGGAGCGAAGAUUACAGUGCCUGUGAAGUUCAUAGCUGGCGAUAAGGACAUCGGUGCCCAGUCCUUUGGAACUGGGGAGUACAUCAAGAGCGCGGAGUUCAAGUCCACCGUUCCAGAUCUUGAAGUCACCGUCAUCGAAGGCCACCAUUUUCUCCAGCAGGAGCAGGCCGAGAGGGUGAACUCGGAGAUGGUUUCCUACCUCGUCAGGUUUACUAGCUAGCCAGUAAAGAAAUCUUUCUGAACUGAAGAAGUCUUGAAGAGCUGAAUAAAGUGUGAGCUAGGCAUUUGCUCUUAGCUUCUCAUCUCAUGAUCGUUCUCUCGUCUGCACAGCUGGUGGCUGUGACCCGUUCGGUGAUUUAGGAGAAGCAAUCUCUCGUUCUUUCAGCAGCUAGGUGUGGUGUGGACAGAAGCAAGCUUCGCGUGGGAAACUUGCUCGAUGCCAGGACUACCGCCUACGCUCUAGUCUCCAGUGGCGCUCGUCGCUCAAGGGCGUCGCGUCCAUUGUUCGUUGAUGUCAAUUGUCAAGAAUGACUGCUCUCCAGCUCUCCCUCC